AUGGAUGUCGACGCGCCUGUCGAGGCGGCAGAACAGCCACUCGUCGAUCCCGAAGACGAUCUGUCAAACUGGGAGAUCGAAAGGGCAGAGUUGAAGCGGAAUGAAUUCAAUUUGAACCAAGAGCUGGUAGAUAUGCGGGAACGAGUCGAAGAUCUAUCUCGGACAAACGGUCGGAUUCUCGAAGAACUGUCGCGACACGGAGCUGAAAUCAAAGAGCAUAGUAAUCGACAACGUGUUCUUGAAGGAGUUCGGAAUGACCUGACCAAUAAAAAUCUCGAGUUGGAAUCAGCUGUUGCUCGUCUGAAAAUAGAAAAAGAAGAGCGUGAUGCUGCUGCCGUCGCUGCAACUAAAUUGGCGCAAACGGCUCAAAUUGAAACGUAUGCGUUGAAAGACCAAGUUCAGAAACUCACUUACGAACAAGCCAAUUUCAAACAUUCAAAGGAAGCUCUUGAAAAAGAAAUUCAGAGUAUACAGUUCGAACGGCAGAAGUACACAGCUGAACGAGAGCUUCACGCUGAGUCGAAACGCUGGUUGAUGCAAGAGGUGGCGGAGCGGGACAACAAAGUUUCGUCACUGAGGCUCGAACUUAGCAACAAGGACAUUCAAGGAGCCAAUGAACGUCUUCAAUAUGUGCAACAGAUCAACCUUCUCAAUUCUCAAGUUGAGAGUCUCAAUGAGAAAAUUGAUAUGCUUCAAUUUUCAAACUCGGAUUUGCUCAAGAGAAUUGAAAACACUGAACUGUCCAACAACACAGCAGUCGCCAAUUUGAAAGAAGAGCUCCGGUGUCAAGUUGAAAUCCAACAAGAGAUGAAAACUUCUAGAGAUGAAGCGAAAAAUGCUGCGGAUCACUUUAAGGACAAAUUGGAGGCGCAGGAAAAUGUGCUCGUUGAGGUUCGUAAGGUGCUCCAAGAACAUCAAGAUGAUUCGGAAAGAGUAAACCUCUCGCAUGCCGAAGAAAUCCGAGAACGUGACGAGGUGAUUGCUCAGACUCGCGCUGAAUUGGCAAAAGUCAGUGAAAUGAUGAAGAGCAUGAGCGAUGUGAAGUUGAAUGUAUCGGAAGAAGAACUUUCUGAACUUGCUCCGGCUGCCGCUGAAACCGUUCGUUACUUGAGAGGUAGUGGUCAAUCUCUCAGCAGUCUAGUCCUUGAACAUGCUCGUGUGCAUGGAAAGUUGGCCGAAUUGGAAAGCGAGAAUGAUAAACUCCGUACUACACUAGAGCAACUUCUUGACACUAUCGAACAGAACAAGCCUCAAAUUAUUUCUCAGCGCGUGGUUGCUGAUGAAUUUUUCGAUAAAAGUAACAAAUAUGAGAGGCAGCUGGAUCUUGCUGAAAGCGAAAGAAAGGAAUUGGUCUCUCAACGCGAUACUGCUCAACGGGAUGUUGCAUACUUACGAGCAGAGUUAGAGAAAUACCAGAGAGAUUUCGAGUUUAUCUCUAAAAGAAAUGCUGAGUUGAUGUACGCCGUAGAGCGACAAAGCAGAGUUCAAGACCCGAACUGGAACGAACAGGCAGAUGAGCAGCUCUACCAAAACAUAGUUCAAUUACAAAGACGCAACGUCGAACUUGAAUCGGACAUAGAAAAUGCAAAGACUAGUGCUGCACAAGAUGCGAUCAACGCUCAAAGUGAAGAGAUGGCUCAGUUGCGAGCCGAUCUGGCUGUAACCAAAAAAUCGGAAGCGGAACUUAAAACAAAGGUCGAGCAAACGAAGGCGGCAUUUGAUAGCUUGAAAGAGCGAACUGAACACUUUAAGGAACUUGUUCGAGACAGUGUCACUGCAGCUGAAGCACGAACCGCUCGUCUAAGAGCUGAUGAGGCGGUCGCUGCUAAAGUUGUCGCUGAUGCAACCAUCGAACGACUGAGAGUUCAGGCUGAAGAGUACAAAGCAGAUCAUGCCCGUCGUGAACAAGAGCUGGAGCAGAGAGUUCAAGCUACCGAAGCACACAUCACUACUGUCACGGAGACUAACAUAAAGCUGAAUGCAAUGCUAGACGCUCAAAAAACGAACACAGCUGCGAUGGAACGAGAAUACGAAUCAGCGAAGAAAGAGAAAGAGACUGCUAUGGAAGAGUUGAGAAAGGCCACUUUUGCUGAUGCUGAAAAAGAAAGAAGAAUGGUAGAUCUCGGACGACAAGCUUUGGAAGCCACUGAUCAAGCAGGCAGUCUGAGAGUUCGUGUUCGAUCAUUGGAAGAUGAGCUUCAGAGUGCAAGAACCGAGGUUAACUGUUUGAGAAUGACAACUGAUGGCCAAAGAAACAAUCUUGAGAACGAGGAGAGAGUGAGAAUGUCAGUUGUUGAAAUGGCCAACUUCUUAUCACGUGUCGAAGCUGAAAAGUUGACUCAUGCAAACACUCAGCUAGAUGUACUUCGUCUCGAACGAGACAGUUUGAAGGCGUCGACCACCAGACUCAGCGAUCAACUAACUCACGCUAAGAACGAUUCAAAACUCGUUCAGCAAAGAUUGGAAAGAGAGCUGGAGGUGGCAAGAAAACGUUUGGCAGAGAAGGAAGAGCAAGUGGCUCGUGAUGAGAUGGAACUUGUCGAUCUUCGCUCAAAACUUGCUUUGGUGCACAACCAGUACACCAGUGCAGAUACUGCUGGUAUGACACCUGAUCGUUUGAAGAGUGAGUACAACAAGCUGAAAACUCGAACACAGUUACUAGAAAAUGAACUUGACGAAGCUAAGCGCAAGUUGAUCCAAGCUGAGACUACUCAAAAACGGAUGGAUGCUGAAAACGCUAUUUCUGCAACACAUAACAAUGUUCUCGAGGAGAAUUUGAAGCAGUCCGAGCAAAUGAGUGCGAUGGAGAAAGAAAGAUUGAUAAGUGAUUCCAAAUUGUUCGAAGAUCGUGCGAAACAACUCACUGAAUCUUUGGCUCAAUGUCAAACAGAACUCGAUGAGCUUCGGAAGAAAAACGAUGAGGAGACAUUCCGUUUCCAAACCGAAACCGCAGAGCUUCGUCGUCAGUUGGAUGUGUCUUCUCUCAAUCUAGACGGAGUCAAACGAGAUCUUGAAGUUGCCAAUAAUAGUUUGUUGAGCUCGAAAAAUGAAGCUACCAGAAACGCAGCGGCUCUAGAGCAACACACAACUAUUGUUCGUCAAUUCGAAGAUCGUAUCUCUGAGAUCGAGAACGCCCGAGCUCGUAUCCAAGCUGAACUGAACAACAAGAGUGCCGCUCUCGUCGCCGAAACCACUGCAAAGAAUGAAGCUGAUCAGUUGAGAGAACACGUUGAACGACUAUUGCAAAAGAAAUCCGAGGAGCUCGAUUUGUUGGAAGCAGAAAAUCGUAGAAAACAAGCAGAAUACGACGCGAAACUUUCACAGUUGUCGAUGCAAUAUGAAUCGCUAUCUGCCUCUCUCACGAAUCAAAGUUCCGCCAUGGAACUGAACGACAGUAGCGCUGAGCCGUCAGGAUUAGUUGAUAACCUUCAAUCUCUUAUUCAAUUCAAUCGUCAAGCAAAGGAGGAAGCAUUGAGUCGUGCUAUGAAUGCCGAGGUGGAAAUGAGACGUCUUCGCGCAGAGACAGCUGAGUUCGAACGUGGAAAGAACGAACUUCUUCAGAAGAUUCGUGAUUUGGAAACUGAGAAAAUUGCCACUGCUGCUUCAUUAGUGGAUCGAGCGAAUUUGAUUGAAAAAGUGCAGUCAUUGACAACGGUGUACAAUGUCAACACUCAACUUACUGAGGAGAAAGCCAAACUCCAAGCUCAGUUGGUUCAAGUUCAAACCCAAAAAGCUGAGCUUGAAAAGCAACAAUCGAUGCUCUCCGCUAAAAAUGAGGCACAGAAGCUGAAGAUUCAAUCUUCGGAUUCAGAAGCUUCGCAACUGAAGAGAGAAAUCGAACAGCUGAAGCAACGUGCUCAACAAAAUGUUAUGCCUCCUAACACGAAAGCUCAUUUGGAACAGCUAAGAAAUCAGUUGAAUGCUGCUCGGCAAGAAGCAAUUGCAGCUACAGAACGAGCUAAAGCUUCAGAACUGGCGAAGAACACUGCUGAAGAAAAGUUCAAGGAGAUACAGAGCAAGUUCAAUCAAACACGCCAGCUUGCCAUCAGAUAUCGUGAUGAGAAUUCGGAGUUGAAAAAACUCACAGAAAGCACUGGAGAAGGUGAUCCAUGUUCCGCACGCCUCGCAGCUCAAUCGAAAAUUCACUCUGAUGAAGUUGGAAAGCUUAACACUCAAAUUGAUGCUCUCAAAAAAGAAGCUGAAAAUUUGAAUAUGAAGGUUUUGCGUGUGAAUAUUAUGGAGAAAACUCUUCAGAAAUCAAAUGACCAAAUUUCUGAAUUGAAACAGCAGAAUGAAAGAUUGACAGAAACUAACAGGCAACUUACAACCCAACAGUCUUCGUCAGCUACUGAUGUGGAGUCGAAAACUGCAACGUCUUCAGUCCCGAGGAACAUUCCUCCAUUCCGGCAGGCUCCAUUGAAGCCGAAUGACCCUACAACUUCCGUACCAAAGCAACCGAUCGAACCUGAUCAAACUGGUGGGCAGAAACCUCUGCAACAUCCACCAUCAGUACCUGCUAAGAGAUACUCUUUCGGAAGACAGAUUCAACCAACUUCUAAUGUGGUACCUCCGGCACCGGCUCCAACAAACACUCUUCAACAGAGGGUUUCACCAAUGAAGAGACAGCUGCCACCAUCGAUUCCAAACGAGCCGAUAGAUAUCAUUCCUCCUGUACCAUCUGAUAACAUUCCUGUUGUUCCAGAUCCAACGCCACCAACAUCAAACACGUUUGGCUCCAUGCUACCGGUUCCACACACAUUCCAAACAUCUGCUCGUGUUCCAACACAGUCUCUUUUCUCAUCCUCUUCCACAACUACUGUCCAACCCCAAGGGGAGAAAAAGAAUAUACUUCCUAGCAUUGACUCUGCUCCAAGCACUCCAGGUGGCAACCCUACUAGCUCGCUCGUUACAACAACAUCAUCACUUGUUCCAGGACAACCGUUAUUUGGAAACAGCUCAACUACUAUCACUGCUUCAUCAUCUGCAGACAACAUGGUUCUCCCCGAAGAAAGCGUUGUGGAAGGUUCCGCUGGUCAGAGUAGUCUUGUUAGCGGCAGCAUUGAUCAGCAGAAACCUACUGAUGUAGAUGUAGCUGCGAACGAUGGCGAGUCACGAGAUAGUACAAACGUGGGAGGAGUAUCCAGUUCAGAUGGUCGGCGCAAGCGAGCUGCUAACGAUUCUCAGUUGAGCGAAGCCAAGCGUCAAAGAGAAAGCCCGAAUGAGGCUGUAACCAGUAGUGAAACUCGCCAACAAAGCAAUAUGGCGGAGAUUCCCGAAUUGGAUGAUGAAGUCCUUGGUGUCGAGCAAGAAGUCAGCGACGAAGAUCCGAAUGACGUCACUAACGACGAGAGUCGUCAAGAAGUUAUUGAUCUAGAAAACGACGAAGAAGCGAUGGAUGAUGAGAUGGAAGGAGAAGAAGAGGAUGAUGACAGUUUUGGCAACGAUGAAGACUUCGAUGACGAUAAUAGAGUUCCAGAGGAGGACAGCGACGAUGAUGAUGUUGUCGUACUCUCUGAUGGAGAUGAUGCUCCGGAGGACGAUAAUGAUGCAGAAAGCUUGAAUGAUAUCGACGAUGGAAAUGACAUUGAAGAGAUCGAAAUCGAAGGCUCAAACAAUGACGACAUUGGAGAAGUUGUAGGGGGAGAGGAUUCCCAACCGUCACUUGAUGAUCAAGAUCGUGAGGCUGCUUCUGCUGUGGAGGAGGCUGAAGAUGAGGGACGUGACCCACUCGGACCAAUCGAUGAGCCAAGUGCUCCUGCUGAUCCAACUGGAGCUGCAGGUGUUGGAAGUUCAGGAAGAAUGGGUCAAGAACAGAGAAUUCGCCUCCCAACUGGUCUUCGUGAGGCUGAGAGAGAAGAUCAAUGCUCUAGCAGUAAUGAAACCAACGAGGAGCGCCCGGGAGAUCGUAUGCAAGGACGUAACCUCGCUCGUCUUCAACAACGUCCUCUCCGAGGAGCGAAACCAACGCGUGGAGUCUACACCCCCAGCCGUGGUAACCGUGGAGGACGCGGAGGUGGCACUGCCUAA